UUAUGAUAUAUAUGAUCGAACCAUUUAACGUUUAACCAUUCGUUAUGGUUUUUGAUGCGUUUAUCAUAUCGAUUCGAUUAUGAGUGAUUUCGUGUGAGCAUUGUCAAUAUUAAAUUAUAAUAUAUAUUAGAUAAAAUACGGUAUAUAUAAUAUAAAUAUAUAUAUUUCAUCAGAAAGUGUUUAUUAUAUCUGUGAAAUCAAAAAAUGGCAUUGCAACGUUCAACCGUUGCAUUUCAAACUAUCCGUAAUUUAAGAAAAAUUGAUGGAGAAAUAAAAUUACAUCUUCGAUCAAGAACUACAACACCCUCAGGUGCCAUUCUACCGGAACCAAAAAAAACACGUUUUGGCUUUUUGGGUGUUAUUUGCAGUGUCAUGACAGGAUUAGUAAUAGGAACUACAUUAAGUAAAAUGAUGGCUAAUUUUCUCGAAGAGAAAGAAUUGUUCGUACCUUCGGAUGACGAUGACGACGAUGAUUAAUUUAUUUUCGAUACACAUAUUCUAUUUAAGGCAAAAAAUUUAAAUUAGUCUUAUUAAAUUUAUUCGGCUUAUGUUUUUCAUAUUAAAUCUUAAUUAACUUUAAACUUAAGUAUCUUCAAAUUUUUUAUCGAUAGUAAAAUAUCGUAUCGUGUAUCGUUCUUCAAGCUUUAUUCGCAAGCAUAGUUGGUUUUUUCUAUUUUCAAGAAUAGAUAUCAUUUUUCGUUUUAAUGAAAAUUUAUA